AUGCUCUCAGAAUUUAAAUCGAGUCAUCAUCACAGUCAAUUGUUAAACCCUUCUACUACUAAUAGUUCUCAAUAUUUUUAUUCAGAUCAACCAUAUACCGCAAAUAGUAAUAUGAACGGAAAUUAUAAUUCAUCUUUACAACAACAACAGCAGCAAGCUGUUAAUGCUACUGCAACCCAACAACAAUUCCCAAAUCAAACUUAUGCAUCAUAUUAUAUGUAUAAUCAACUUCCAAUACAAGCAGCUGCCACUGGAAGCCAACAACAACAACCUCAACAACAACAACAACUGCAACAACAACAACAACAACAACCUCAGCAACCUCAACAACAACCACAACAACAAUAUCAACAACAACAACAACAACAGCUGCAAACUGCCAAUCCAGUAAGUGAUCAAGCAUACGGUGCUUAUAGAUAUCAAAAUGGUUACGCUGCCGGAUCCACUGCCAAUGUUGCUGCUCCUCAAAAUUAUUCUUUGUAUCAACAAACCAUCCCAAAUCAAUUAUCUCAACCUCAACCUCAACAUUAUAAUCAAUUAAGUUCUUCAAACACUACUGCUAAUGUGUAUGGUAGUGCUGCAUCAAGUGUUCCACCAGCUAAUAGUGUUAGUGCCACUGCUAAUAAUCAAUCUACUCCAAUUCCUGAUACACUUAACCCAACUUCAACUUCCACAGUUGGUCAAUUUCAACCACCUGAUAUAAGACCAAGAGUUACCACUACUAUGUGGGAAGAUGAAAAAACUUUAUGUUAUCAAGUUGAUGCUAAUAAUGUAAGUGUGGUUAGACGAGCUGAUAAUAAUAUGAUUAAUGGUACUAAAUUAUUAAAUGUUGCUCAAAUGACAAGAGGUCGUCGUGAUGGUAUUUUAAAAUCAGAAAAAGUAAGGCAUGUGGUUAAAAUUGGUUCCAUGCAUUUAAAGGGUGUUUGGAUACCUUUUGAAAGAGCUUUAGCUAUGGCUCAAAGAGAAGGAAUUGUUGAUUUAUUAUAUCCAUUGUUUGUUCGUGAUAUAAAACGUGUUAUUCAAACAGGUGCAACUCCUUCUAAUAAUGCUGGUAAUUCAGUCGCUGCCAAUUCAGUCGUUCCAAACAGUAAUGGUACUGCUGCUACUGCUGGUGGUCAUGCCGUUACCAAAGCUAACUCAACGCCAACUUCUAAUUCAGUUCCUACCAAUGUUAAUAACUUUUAUCAACAAUAUGGUCAACAACAACAAUAUGCUCAAUAUUCAAAUCAACUUAAUGGAAGCGCAGCAGCUGCACCUGCUAAUCCUGCUACUGCAACUGCUGUAGUAGGUGCUACUAAAUCCCCACAACAAGCUGCUACUGCAACGGCGGCUACUGCUGGUGCCACUGAUAAUUACCAACAACAAUUACAGUUCCAACAAGCUGCUAUUGCUCAACAACAGCAACAACAAGUUUAUGGAUAUCAACAACCAUAUUAUGGAGCUACUAACGCAACUGCUAGUGCGCCAAAUCAAUAUUACCUGUAUAAUUAUUCUGCAUAUGGCUCACAACAACCAGUGUAUUCAGCAUAUGGAUACCAACAAUUACCACCACAAAGUCAUCCACAACAAAUACAGCAACAUCAAUUACAACCACAACAACAACCUCAACAACAACAAUCACAAAUUCAACAACUGCAAGUUCCAAUUCCAACUCAUGGUGGUCAAAGUGUAGCUCAAUCACUGACCAAUUCUUCUGAUCCAAGUAUUUCUUCUGCCCCUACUACAGUUACUACUGGUGAAGAUAUAGCUGUUGUGAAGAAGGAUGAUAAAUGA